AUGAAUGACUCCUUGGAAGGGGUGGAGUAUCCAAGCCUUCAAUUACUACUACAGCCGGCUGAGAUAGGGAGCGGUAGAAACACAGGUUGAUUCCAAAGAAAACACACAGUGCUGUUGUCAUUGUUUUAUCGAGCCGGUUCACCCCCCCUCUCUGUUAUUUCACAUCUUUUGACAACUGGAUUCGUAGGUAACGCGUAAACGACUUUAAACGUACAUCUUGAGGAACGCUAUGGCAAGGGGUGAGGGCGCAGAGCAGUACUCCAAUACCAGCCUCCUUCAAAAACCCAGCCCAGAUGGAAUCAAACUGGCAGCAAAGCGUGAAUCAAGUGGUCGGUUGUCGAUAUGCAGCAAGUUGUGUUACGCCGUUGGGGGAGCACCGUACCAGAUUACAGGAUGCGCAAUCGGCUUCUUCCUUCAGAUCUACCUGCUGGACGUUGCUUUGUUAGACCCAUUUUAUGCCUCAAUCAUCUUGUUCGUGGGUCGAGCAUGGGAUGCCAUUACAGACCCUACGGUGGGCUUUCUAGUCAGCCGGAGUCCCUGGACCAGAUUCGGGCGAAUGAUGCCCUGGAUAGUACUGUCUACCCCACUUGCCAUGCUAUGCUAUUUCCUCAUUUGGUACGUGCCAUCUGUUGACCAACAAGGCAAGGUUGUUUGGUACCUGAUCUUCUACUGCUCCUUCCAAACACUACAGACAUGCUUCCACGUACCGUAUUCCGCACUUACUAUGUUUAUCAGCACUGAGCAGAAAGAGAGGGAUUCAGCCACAGCCUACCGAAUGACUGUUGAGGUUUUGGGCACGCUCAUUGGCACUGCUGUUCAAGGUCAGAUUGUGGGAAUGGCUAACGCUCCUUGUAUCAGCACCGGCGAGGUCCUGAACUCUACAGAUCUGCAGUUGGCUCCCGAGGUCAACAUCACUGAGCCUCAUGUUUCAUUGGAUCAUCUGAGAAAUGCUUACAUGAUCGCAUCUGGGGUCAUCUGCUCCAUUUAUUUCAUCUGCGCCAUUGUCUUAUUCUUUGGCGUGAAAGAACAAAAAGAGACCUGCAGGGUUAGGACUGAGCCCAUGUCGUUCUUCCAGGGCAUUCGUAUGGUGAUGGGUCACGGUCCGUAUGCCAAGCUGGUCAUGGGCUUCCUCUUCACCUCUCUGGCUUUUAUGUUUCUGGAGGGAAAUUUUGCACUGUUCUGUAGCUACACCCUUGGCUUCAGAAACGACUUCCAAAACAUCCUUCUCGUCAUUAUGCUCUCCGCCACACUUGCCAUCCCAUUUUGGCAAUGGUUCCUCACGAAAUUUGGCAAGAAGACUGCUGUGUAUAUUGGGACUACAUCUGUUGUGCCUUUCCUGGUUUCCGUCGUCUUUGUGCCCAGCAAUCUAAUUGUGACGUACAUCGUGUCUUUCGCUGCUGGAGUCAGCGUUGCAGCAGCCUUUCUCCUGCCAUGGUCCAUGCUUCCUGACGUCGUGGAUGAUUUUAAAGUCCAAAAUCCUGAAUCUCAGGGCCACGAAGCCAUCUUCUACUCCUUCUACGUGUUUUUCACCAAGUUUGCAUCUGGAGUUUCUUUGGGAGUCUCAACUCUUAGCCUCGAUUUUGCAGGCUAUGUGACGAGAGGUUGCACACAACCCGCCGAGGUGGAUUUAACAUUGAAGAUCCUGGUGUCUGCUGCUCCGAUCAUCUUGAUCAUCAUCGGGCUGCUAAUAUUCAUUUCGUAUCCAAUCAACGAGGAAAAACGACAAGGCAACCGCAAACUACUUAAUGAACAACGAGAAAAUGAGGUCGACUCAGAAACGGACUCCACUGAGCUCAAUGUGGUUUAAUCGCAGCAGAACACUACAUAGAACGUCGUGCCAAUUACGCCGGACCAACAGAGCCAAAACAAACCCGAGUGGAUGCUUUGAAGCAACCGCGCUGCCUUGUGGCUCAAAACUUCUACCAGUAUCACCCCUACACGACCGCAAAUCUUGAAACGUAACCUUUGCCAGCUCAAGUUCAAAGUGCCUCGCCGUUUCCAGUUGCAAGUGCUUAUGGACGCUAGAAACGUUUCCCUGCGUUGCACGAGGCUCGUGCGUCGCCAGUAUUUGUGCUGCUCGCUGGUUUAGGAUCUCAAAGCGGUGUCCAAAAAAAAAAAAGCCAGCUUUUGAUAAGCACACAUCUAAACUGCACUAGAAAAUGAUCUGAGGUGGGACAGUAAGAAGAAACUUGAAACAUGUAAAAAAAGGUUUUUAGGUGCUAAAACCAAAAAUGCAUUUCAAUCGUGAUUGAAAGGUACAUUUUGGGAGGAAUAUCUGUGAAACUGUACACAACCAAGUAAUGUUUGUAUGUAAUUUAAUAUUUAUAAGUUCUUUUGUGCAUCUAACUGGAUAAGCAGACUUGAACAGUUGAAACCUGAGUGGGGUUUGAUUUUUAUCUAACUUAAUUAUUGUGCACAGAAGGUUAUUGUUUAUUUCUUGUAUUACUUUCCUUCACAUAGCCCUUCUAUUAUGUUCCUUUUCCAUCCGUGUCCGCUCUCUUGGGGCAAACGGAGCUCUUCUAGAGGGAUGCGCCGAGGGAUAAACUUACAAAUUUACUCCCUCAAUGCCUGCAUAAUAUAUCCUUCAGAUCAGGAUCUUGCUCGAUUACAUUCUGCGUGGGUCCACGAAAGGAGCUGCUGACAACUGAGGCUACGAGCUAGCAGGAUGUCAUCAGACUAUGUGGGGUUAAAGUGUACGAUCAGUUGCUCAUGUUGUGAGGUGAACAAGAUUAUUUAUUACUUUUGCUUUAGAUCAUAUGUUGAUUUGACUAUGUCUCCCAUCUUCCUUAAUUUAUCUCGUUUAAGGGCCUUAGUCACAUGAAAUAAGGGCAAUUAGAGCUGUCACUGCUGUAUUAUGUCUAAUGUGCCAUUAAUUCCUAUGGAAAAGCCAAUCAGUGUGUUUACAGGUGACACUGCUGUUUGUCUAGGUGUUAAUCAGAUUUCUGGUCUUUUUGUGUCAAUGACUGUACAGUAGUUGUCUCAAAAGUGCUUUUAUUAUUGUAUAGUUCUCUGCCUGUGACUUGUCAAAGAUCUGAAUGCCAAGUGUUUCUCUACCAUCUGUAAGUGCUGUGAAAUAUGUACAUAGACCAUCUGAAAAGUGUCAUAUUUCAUUUUUCUAAUUGGGGGAAAAUGGAAUGCCUUGUAAAUAAUAGUUGUGUAAAUGUUUGGUUUUAUUUUAUACAUAUGUACAUACGAUGCGCAUUGAAGUCUCAUCAGUGCAUGUUUGGAUUUAAGACUUUUUUUUUUUUUUUUUUUAUGCAUUUGUGACUCUUUUCUCCCCUCUGUUGUCAUUAACACCGAUUUUAUUCUGAUAUCAAACAUUACAGUUAUUGUAUAUAACAGAUGUGCCGAUGUUUGUACAUAAAUGUGAUAUUUUUGAAUGCCAUUGUUGUACGUGUAAAUGUGUGCAGUUAUUUAAAAAGAAACGGCGUUACAAAAAUGUUUGUUAAUAAAUACUAAUUAAUAUUUAA